CUUUCGUAACACUUUGUGACUUUCUGGUUUCUCCUCGUCUUUGCUGCGACGGUCGGAGUUUUCUGUGAUUCAAGAAUUCGAACUGAGAGGAAAGCUAGAGUCGGUUAGCUUGGACUUCGUCAACAGAAGCUAACGCAUUAGCUAGCUUCUAGUCGUCAUAUAUAUAUUUUUAACGAACGGCUGAAAGAAUGGGUGAAGAAACUUCUGCUAACAAGGUCCGCAAUGAGGAAAAGGCAGAUGGCGGCGUUAAAUUUUACACGUUCGAAGACGUUCGAGUGCACAAUAUGAGCAAAGACACAUGGCUCAUCAUCCAUAAUAAAGUAUACGACGUCUCAAGUUUCCUAGAAGAGCAUCCAGGGGGCGAGGAGGUUUUGCUGGAGCAGGGAGGUGCAGAUGCCACAGAAAGCUUUGAGGAUGUGGGUCAUUCAACUGAUGCCAGGGAGAUGCUUCAGCAGUUCUAUAUUGGAGAACUUCAUAUGGAUGACAGGAGUAAGGAGGAUACAAAGCAGGGACAAGGCACAAACUCAGAAAAGUGCAGGAGCUUCUGGGCCAAGUGGUUGAUACCUGCCGUUGCUGCAGCCAUUAUUGGUGUUGUGUAUCGUUUCUACAUGCUUGAGAACAAGUCGUCUUGAGUGUUUAAAGCGUUCUCUUUUCAUUUUUCUUUUCGUCCAGAGGCCUUGAAUCAUUUGACCAAACCUUUUUCAUACUAAUGGCUCAUAAUUUGGAAAGUCAGCGUGUUAAAUGAUCUGUCCUUGUCUGUCUACAGAGUGCAUGUUACAAAUAGUU